UAUAACUUCUAACAUUGGCAACAUUGCUGCUCUUGUCUCUAGGGAAAAAAGGCAAGACAGAAAAUUUUUAGCAAGUUUAACAAUUUUAUUUUAUUUAUAAAUUUAAUUUUUUAUUUAACGAGGUGUUAAAUAUUACGCCGCUGCAUAUAUAUCUAUUUGUGCAUAAAGCAAGAUAAUCAGAAAAACAAAUUUGAAGAAAAUUUGUCUAUUCUGACGAAAGUAUGGAAAAUUUGGAUUUAUAUGAAAUUCUUGGCGUUACAAAAAACUCAACAGAUGCAGAAAUAAAAAAGAAUUACCGUAAAUUGGCUAAAGAAUUCCAUCCGGAUAAAAAUCCAAAUGCUGGUGACAAAUUUAAAGAAAUUUCUUUCGCUUAUGAAGUUCUUUCGGAUCCAGAAAAACGUAAAGUAUACGAUCGUCAUGGUAUUAAGGGUUUGCAGGAAGGUGCCGAUGGUUUUUCUGAUGCCGGUGAAUUUUUUGCCCAGUGGUUUCCGUUUAGUAACCUAGGCGGACAUUCUCGCGAAGGUCGAGGGAAAGUUGGUCAAAUUGUAAUAAAAUUGGAAGUUUCUCUGGAGGAAAUCUAUAAUGGCAAUGUAGCUAAAACGAUUGAAUAUAAACGCACGUCGUUUUGUUCCGAAUGCCACGGAGAUGGUGGCCCCAAGGAGGCUCAACAGAAAUGUACUCAAUGUAACGGUGUCGGUCGUAUGGCAAGUUAUGCAUUUAUGGGUUUAACAGCUGUGGAGACUAUUUGUUCGGUUUGUCAUGGUCGUGGUAAUGUUAUAGCUGAAAAUCUUCAAUGUGGUACGUGUCAUGGCAAUGGUUUGGUCGAAGAAUUGGCUAAACGUGAAAUUACUGUGGAAAAGGGUGCACCGCAUAUGCUGAAAAUACCGUUUCCUUCGGAGGGUCAUCAAGGUUUGCAGGGCUCCCGCGGUGAUUUAAUAGUGGUACUUAUACAAACUGAACACACACUGUUUCAGCGACGGCACAAUGAUCUCAUAAUGCGUAAUAUACACGUUAACCUCACUCAGGCUUUAUGUGGAUUUGUGCAUUGUUUUAAGCAUUUGGAUGGCCGACAAAUAUGCGUAGCGACCCGUCCGGGUGAAGUAAUACGUCACGAGGAAUUAAAAAUGAUACCUGGGGAAGGUAUGCCGUUGCGUAAUAAUCCCUUCGACCGUGGUGAUUUGUUAAUACAUUUUAUGGUGGAUUUUCCGGAAAACGGUUUCGCCACAUCCGAACAGUUAGAAAUGCUAGAAACUCUACUGCCACCAAGAGAACCUUUCACUAUGCCAGAAGAGGCCGAAGAAGUUUUAUUAGUCGAUGUACAACCACGAACCGAAGAUAGCCGCGGUGCUCAUGGCGGCGGUCACGAAGAUGACGAUGAGUUUGAUGGUAAUACUCAUUUCGAAAGAGUUCAAUGUCAAACCGGUUAAAUAAAAUAAAAAAAACAAAAAAAAGAAAACAAAAAACAAUAUUGUACAACAUAAACAAUAACACUAGAAAAACAUUAUGGCAAAGCUUAAGAUGUUUAGUUGUAUUAAAACGAAAAAUUAAAAAUUCCGUGUAGUGUAGUUAACAAAUAAAUUCACAAAAAGAACAAAAAAAAAAAAAAACUAAGUGAAUAAUAAUUGGCAUAAUUAUACUUAAAUAAAAAUUGAAAAA